CCUAGAUGAUGUUCGGAUGAAUUUGGAAGUCCUUAAGCAUUGUGCAACAGUCCUGUUCCUGGAAUCAACCCUCCCAAAUGUUCUGCAAGGAAAAUGGAACAACAAUUCCAGUAUGACAACACGAAGCAGGAGUCUCCUGGAGUCGAGUUUUCCAAAUGCAAUGGAUGACAAACGGUAUAAUUCUUUCACAAUGACAUUAAGAAGCAAUAGAGGAAAUUUUCCAUAUGGAGAAAGCAGCAGGAAAUCUCCACCACCAUCUGUAGGAUGUCAUAGAGUAGUUCCAUAUACAACAGGAAGUCUUGGAAAGAUGACAGUAAGAGUGGGGAAUCUGUUGUGCAAAGCGCAAAGCAAGCCUCUCAGUGUUCUCCUAAGGCACUCUCAUUCCCUGCUGCGAUGAGAUGAUGGAGCUGGUUCACGUCAUUUGCAUAUGUUUGCAUCUCCAGAUGUCAAAGUACUAUCUCUGUCUGUCUGUCAAAGGCCAACGAGAUCAGAGACGGAGGACAAUCCUUCUGCAGUGUUCCUCAUGCCAAUUGAUUCACAUGGCCACGAAAUAUUAAUUCUCCAAAGAAUCAAAUGGAAGCUCAGAUACAAUAAGCAGAUUCUCUACCACAGAACAAAGGCUGCACGACAGAAAUUUGAUUCUUACAUUCUUUGAUUCUUUUAUUAACUGAUUUGCUGAUUAGUGAUUUUACUCAUUUACCAACUGUAUAUACACGUUACAAUAAGUUGGUUAUCUGGUUUUUAGAUU